AUGCCUAAGCAGGAACAAUCCAACGUGGAAGGCCGCUUGCUCCUCAAAGAGGCCAUUGAAUUGAUCCCGAGCGGACGGUGGGAGGAGCUGACCAGCUUAUUGCAGAGUCAUGCCCCGCAGCUGCAGGCCGCCAGGCUGAGAUUGGAGCAGCAGGCUUUGGAAUUGCACUCAACACGGGCACGUUCGCAGAAUGACAAGCAGGAUGCCAAUCCAGUGCGGCAGAUGGGAACUCCGAUCGUCCGAACAGUGGCUGCAGCCGCUGCGUGGGCAGACAGGUUUCCCUGGCUGGCACUUUUGGUCAUCCAAGCCGUGAUUCUGGCAACCUAUGCUCAAGGCUUUCUGUACCGUGGAUUUAUCAUGGACGACGCGGUCGGCGUGAUGAGGAAUCCCAACGUGAUUGGCGAAACACUAUCCUUUGCAGAUCUCAUGCGACGAGACUUCUGGGGACUUCCGAUGCAUGGGUCAGGUUGGACCAACAAAUCCUUCCGCCCAUUGACCACGUUGACCUUCCGCUGGAAUUAUUUGCUUCAUGGCCUGGACUCAUCGGGCUUCCAUGCUACAAAUAUCCUGUUGCACUGCCUGACCUCCUUGAUUCUAGGACGGACGGCUACUGUAGCGCUGGGCAUGUCCGGCUCUUGGGCGGCUCUAGCUUCAGCUCUUUUUGGUGUGCAUCCUGUACAUACCGAAAAUGUCCUGUACCUUGUGUGUCGCGCGGAUAUCCUGGCUUGCUUGUUGGGCCUUUUGGCGAUGAAUUGCUAUGCUGCCAGCUUCAGUCCUCCAGCAGCAUUGAGGCCUUUGUGGCCCACACUCCGGAGCCGACCCUUCGAUGCUGCGGUGGCUGCUGUUGGCAGCGGUAUCUUGCAGAACCCUUUGUGGAUGAUCUUCCCCGUGCUGCUGAUCAUCGCAAGCGGCCUAUGCAAGGAAUCGGGCUUCACGCUGUUUUCCAUACCAAUGCUUAUGGAGCUCUUGGACUUCCUCUCGAUGCAGGCCUGGGUUCAGCACCAAAAAGAGCGCUUCGCCAAGCGCACUUUUCGCCGUUUCAGGCUGAGAGCCGGCCUAUUGGUUGCAAGUACAUUCUUGGUGUUUGUGGCGAGAUACCGGCAUACUGGAGGAACGUCACUGAACAUGUCACCACAAGAUAACCCCAUCAGUUUUGAGACUGAGCGGAAGGCAAGGAUCCUGUCCUAUUCAUAUGUCCAUGGGGUCUAUAUGCGGCUAUUGGUUUGGCCACAGUUUCUUUGCUACGACUACUCCAUGGAUGCCAUACCAAUGGUGCGAGAUGUCUUCGACUGCCGCUUGAUGUUGCCUUUGAGCGCCUACGUGGGCUGCAUGGCCUCCGUGAGCUUCGUCAUGCAACUGCCAGCAAGGCACCGGCGGUCAGGGUUGAUAGCUUUGGCACUUCUGGUUGUGUCGUUUCUGCCAGCCAGUAACAUCCUGUUCCCAGUCGGUACGGUGGUUGGGGAGCGACUCAUGUACGUUCCCUCUGCCGGUUACUGUCUGGCAGUGGUAGUUGUGCUGCAUGCGUUUUUGCAGGGCACCCUGCACAAGCCUCGAGCUCCUCCCCGUCCAGAGCCAACAAAGAUCCAACGUGGGAAGGAGAUUCACAGCUGGGGAAUUGGCAGUGGACGUCCAGAGGCCAUGAGACGAGGCUUCAAGGUCACCUUGUGCGUGACCCUUGCCCUCACAGCGCUGUCAGUUCGAACAUGGCUCCGCGUUUGGGACUGGGAGUCGUCUGACACGCUGUUUAUUCGUGAUGGGGCGCGGCAGCCCCAGUCUUCCAAGACACAGUUCAACCUGGGCAUCACCCACAUGCAGAUGCAGGAGUGGGAUGCAGCUGUAGAUGCCUUGGUCCGAUGUGCAUGGGCAGAUCCGUUGAGUUCCCUGUUUGAGACUUAUCACCCUGCUUGA